AUGCCCGGAGAGGCAGCCCGGGAGGCCAAGGCACCGCAGACGGCAGAUGGCUCUCGGAAUACCUCCGCUUCCUCUACCCCAAGUGGCGAUGUCCUGACUCCGCUGCAGAUCUCCCCGAUGGCUGCCCCUGCCUUCCAGGCUGACCCACCCCUGGAUCCCACCCUGUGUGGCAAAGGAGGGCCAGGAUUCCCUUCGACCAAGAAAGAAGACCGCCCUCAGCCCGAAGGAGCCAGCUGCGACGCAGCGGUUGGCAGCAUCGCUGCCGGUCUGGCUGCCCUGAGCGAAUGUGGGCACGUCAUGAUGGAACCAGACCCCAAAGCCCAGAAGGGGGUCCCAAAAGGUCUCGCGGCCCCUCUGACAAGUGUAGACAUGUUGGACACCAGGGUAGUGAUGGGGGAGGAGACACAGUGCCUCAGCGAAGAGGAAGACACGGGGGGAGCUGAGCUGCAGGCCCUGGAAGCGGCCAUCUUGGAGGCCGGCUUUGGUGAAGCAGAACAGAAGGAGGCAGAGGAGGAGGCGCUGGAAGCUGCUGAGGAGCUCCCUGUGAAACCUCCCCGUCAGGUAGCGAAAGACUUGAGCAACCGUCAAGCUUGCCUCUCUCUGCCGGGCCUGCAGCCUCAGGAGCUUGAGGUUAUCGUGGCAGCGGCAUCCCUCUCUCAGGGCGACCCUCCGGCCGAAGUGCCUUCCCCCUCUCCCACACUUGCCAAAGACCUUCCCUCUGAGCUGGCUGAGGCCCAGCCCUCGCCUCUCAAGACCACCUGCGGCCUGGACCCCGAGCUCUACUUCACGGCUCCCUCGACCCCCAUCAAGACUGUCUUUUCCCACCUCAGGCCUCACCCGUUCUCCAAAGACAGCCUGAGUGAGGAGCCUGGCGAUUUGGACAGCGAAGGCCUCUGCUCCCCACCCACCUCCCCCUCGGGGUCCUACAUCACAGCUGAGGGAGGCAGCUGGGCCUCCUCAGGGACAGCCAGCACCUCCCCGUCCUGUUCGCCCAACCUCAUAGCUGAAUCUGAAGCCAUGGAGGUCCCAGCGGCUUAUGGGGAGCCUCUGUCAGAGCUGGAUCUUUCAGAGGGUCUGACGGGGCUCUCGCAAGCAUCAUGUCUGUCUCCCGAGUUGGAGGGAGAGGCAGCCUUCCGCACACUUUCUUCCGGCACUUUAGUUCAUUCUCUGUUUCCCACUGAGGAUGACGAGGGUGAGGAUGAUGGGCAGACGACGCCGGAGGAGGACGGAGGAGACUGGGGUUACGAGAUAACUGCUGCGGGGCUAGACCCUUACAAGACCCUCGCUGAGGUAGCAAAGCAGAGCAGCAAGAGUUUGGGCCACAAGCUGUUCAAAGGCGAGGAGGUUCCUACAGGAGAGCCAGUCGGGUCCAGCCCCUCCUCCUGUCCACUGGCUGCCUUCUCAGGGUUUCCACCGGAGAGACCUGCUAGUCCUCCUGGGGUCCACACAUCUGACGCUGACCUAUCCAGCAGACUGCGAGCUGAGGUGGUGGCGUCGUCCCCUGAUGACACUGCAGAGAGCACAGAAAACGAUCAGAUGAUUCCUGCAUUGCUUCUGCCUUUCCACGGGAGCCUGAUCUUUGAGGCAGAAUCCAUGGAGAUAACACUGUUCCCCCAGGGGGAGCCGGUGGAGAACGACACCCUCUAUGGCGUGGAGGACGAUGCCAGCACGUCCACCUCCUUCCUGCAUUCCCUCUCGGAGACCUCCAUCAACGAAGGGGUCGAUGAAUCCUUUGCUUUCCAAGAUGACACCUCCCAGUCCUCUGACUCGGCCUCCUAUAACGGGGAUGACGACGAGCGGCUGUACAGCAUCGAGCAGUAUGCCGUGGUCCCGGAAGCUGCUCUGCAAGAGACCAAACCUGCCUCCGUAGAGAUCCCGGGGACGGAAACAUCCCACUUGGGCAGCGAAAGUGAGAUGGAGACCUCCUCUGAUGCAUACAACACCGACGAGGAAGACUCUGGGUCUGCAGGGGGUGAACAACAGCCCCCAGCAAAGGGGCAACUAGGGGGGAAUGGAUCCUCCCAGGACCAGCCAAAAGAGAACGAAAGAUCCCAGGAGGGACAGAUACAGGGAAAUUUGAACUUUGAGCUGGCAGAUGCCUCCAGAUUGCAAGCUGUGCCCGACGAGCAAGAGGGCCCUGGUGAUUCUUCUGAAUGUUCCGGAAGCAGCAGCAGCGUUCCUUCCCCUGGUCAGGAGUGGGGGUCUCCGCUACAGGAGGAUACGGCGGCAUCCUCUGGAGGGCUGGAUCACAGGGCCAGGUCAGAUGAGGAAGAAGACUCUCAAGGGGAAACAGGCUCCUCCCGCAGCUCCCCGGAGCACCAGUCUCUGUCCGAUGUGCAAGAGGCUCUGGGGAGAGGGGUCCCUGACUCCAGGGAGUGCCUGAUUGCCUGUUUUGAUACAGACGAUGAAGCAGAUAACCUUCCUUCUUUGGACGCUACCAUGGAGAAUCCUGAGCUGGCAGGACAAGUCUCUGAAGAAUGGAUCGACCACGUUUACAUGGGAGCUGCCAUCCCUCUGGGUUGGGACCCCAAACCGUAUCAGUCUGUAGAGUUCGCAACCACGGAGUCUGCUGACUCGUCUGCUGUUGACAUUGGUGCCCGGCUGAAAGAAUCAGAAGAACGGCUGCUGGAACUCCUGGACCGAGAUGAGGCUGCUUCUGGGGGAGGCUCACCAGAGCUGGGGAGGCAGGACGGAAGGGAGCCGGAUGUUGGUCCAGAGAAGGGGGAGGCACCAUUUGUGUCCCUCCUUGAAUCCUCUGAGGAGGCCAUCUUGGAACAGCCGGAAGUGACGCGAGCGGACGAGCCCACAGGGGAGUGCCUGUUUGCCUGUUUCGAGUCUGAAGAUGAGCUGGAGGAGGCCUCGUCUCUCGACCUGAUGAACAACAAUGAGGACCACGUGGUGGUGGCCUUUUCUGACACAGACCCAGAUUCCAAGCUUUUAACAGGACUGAGUGAGGCACAGGAGAAGACACUCCUGGCUGCCCCAGAGGUCACCUUAGAGGCAGCUGCCCCACUGCCACAAGACUCCCCUCUGUCCCACAAGGACGUCAAGGUACCUGAGAUGGAAUCCUGCAUCGGACAAUAUCCAGCCAGCAAAAAGCAGGAACCGGGCGAUAAAGCCCCUUCUGAACCUCUCCAGAAGCGCUCACAGACCGGAGAGUCCAAAGAGUCCAAGACGGCAGAUCUUCAGCCCAGUGAGACCAGCCACACGCCAAAGUCAGAAGAAAGGGGCAAGGACGCAGAUGAAGCUCAAGAGGAACCGAGAGAACGUGUCCAGGGCAAGGACUGGCUGGGAGAAGAGGCUUCUGAACCAAAGGAAGCUACCGAAAUGUUGGAGGAGAAAAAACCGUUGUCAACAUUGCCCUCCUCAGACCAGAACUGGGACACUCCCUCAGAGGAGGAGGAAGUGACCUCAGAAUUUGAAAGCGAAGAAUGCAUUCAGGCAGACUCCGCCCCUGAAACCUUCCUUGGGGAAGCAGCCUCCUAUCUAGACCAACUUGAAGCUAAGCGCUCGAUCUCUGAGGCCUCGUCUGACUCAAGGCCUCCAGCAUUCCAGGGAGCUGAUGUGCCCCUCGGGGGCUUUGAAGAGCCCAGCCUGAGAGACGAUAACAUGAAUCUAGUGCAGGCUCAGGACGCUGAGGCUACUGAGGUGCUUGCAGUGGCCAAGGCCAGCGAUCCUGGGCUGUGGUCAGCAAAUUCUGAUGAAAGGAGGGGGCGCACAGAAGAUAUGGGGAGGAUUCCCAGCGCCGUGGCUGACUUGGGCUCCAGCGAGGCAGCUGGCAGAAGAGGGCCCACCAAAGAGCCACAACUUGGGAGUGCCCAGAUUCCAGAGUCCCAGACAGCAACCAAAGAUGCUGAGCUCUCCAUUCAACAGGAGGCUCCGAGUAUUGAAGAAAGAGCUGAGUAUCUACUCGCUUCAGAAGAUGCCGGUUAUUCGGACACCAGCGCUCAGAUCUGUGGAGCCGUGCAGAGCACUCCGGUUGUGGAAAAGGUAGCAAAACCUUUCGUAGUCGGUGCCGGCGACCAGCCCAGAGAAGGCCUGCAGUUCGAGAAGAAGACAUUCGCUCAGGCUUUGCUGCAAGGUCUAAUGCAGGCUUCGGAAGCUGAGCUGCUGUGGCGGGAAAAGGAUGCCGCGAGGUCUCCCCCAGAGCUGCCUGAGGUCUCCCUUUCGUCCUCGUAUACAGACUCCAGCUUCUUCACAGCGGCCGAAUACAGUUCCACUGAGAUGGUUGUGCUGCCGACAUCUACAGACUCCGAGAGAGGAGACCUGUCGUCUCCUGAGCAAGCCAAGGGCAGCCCAGCCUAUGCAGUGGAAGAGAGCCCUUCUCUCUGGGGACAGCCAGAGUCUCUCCGGUGGGAGACAGGACAGGGGGGUGUGACGGAAGAGGGACCUUCCCAGCCAAACAUGGCCCUGUGUCUGCAUCACACAGCUGCUCUUGCUCCAACAGCCGGGUCACCCGGCUCACGGCGUGCGAAAGCACAGAGGGAUGCAGCGUCGGUGCUGAGUAACGGCCGGCAACUUUUCUUUGCUUCCGAAGAGGAGAUUUUCUUGACUGAGCCCAGUCUCGCUCAACGUGACCUUUCCCGGGCAUCAGCGGAGCCCGCUGGUGCCGCGGGCCGUUCAGGGACCAUGAACCGUGGCGCCGCCAUGGCCGAUUCUGAGACUGUUGCUCUCGAGAGCUCUCCAGCUACGUGUAGCCAGCUCGAACCGCCCGGUGCCUUGUUGCAAAGUUCUUCUCAGUUCACGGAGCCUCCAUAUGUUCUCACGGAUCAGCAACAAAUCGCCAGCAUGCUGCAAGGGUCCUUCGGGAGCAAGAACGAGCAGAGAGCGGGGGGCGUUUCUCUCCAGAGCGGCCUGCUGGUGGCCGAAGCACAAAGCCUUCUCGGCAGCCUUAAGGGAGGCGUCUUGGAGAGUUCCUCUGGGAGAGCCUCACCAGACCUGACAGAUGUUGAGGAUUUGGAAAAAACGGACACUUCGACUCCUCCUCUGGACGCUGCUGCUGCUGGUCAAGAACGUGACGCCUCUCAGCCUUCUGCGGAGGAAGCAAGAGAAGAGGGCCAGCUGUGGACGGAGGGGCUUGAAACUGCCCCCCAAGCUGAAGCUGCUUCGCCACCUUCAGAGGAAAGCCCAGAGGAGGGGUGGCGGCUGAGGACAGCUGCGUCAGAGGAAGCAGACCAGCCGGGCAAAGCAGAAGAGGUCUGCCUUCCCCAGGAAGAUGCUGGUGGGCCUCCGGCGCCAAGUUUGCCAGAAGACAAGCCCCUCCAAGUUGUGGAUGCUGAUUUAGUAGCAGAGGAGGGACCGAGGGAGGCCCUAGAAGGGACCAGAGAAGAGGAUACCACAAGAGAAGCCGGAAGCCCAAAGAUGGCGGAGAGCGAAGAGGAAGCGGAAGCAAAGGCCCCUGAUGCUGCAGAAGGCACAGGACCUCCUGCUCUGGCUUCUGCCCCCUUGCUGCCUUCCAGCUCCCCCGUUCCUCCACCACAGUCCCCCCAAACACCCAAAGCACCAUCGGAAGCACCUCCUCCCCUCACCCAUUCGACGUCUCCCUUGCAGGUGGAGCUGCCUGCCUCUCUUCCCUUGGAGCUGGCUUCUGCCCCGCCGCCUCGUUCUGUGAGCUCAAAACCCCAAGAAGUGCCUGCUGUCUCGCCCUCACUGGUGCUGCCGCCCCCUCCCAUGCAGAAUCUCCCCCCAGAUCCCGCUGCCCCCUCUGGGCUUCCCGCUCCUCCUGCAAGCCCCGGGGAGGAACUCACUUGUGCCGAAGAGACCCCCUUCCUCCUGCAAGACGCCAGGAAGCAGCCAGCGGAAGUCCUCCAGAGUCCCCGGCCUUCCUUGCCCUGCAGAGACCAGCCUCCAAGUAGCAAGGAUUCCAGAGGCCGGAACCGGUUGCCUGGGAACAAAGACUCCAGAGGGAAGGACUUCCUCUCUGCGGUAGAGAAGAGGACGGAUCGCGGGCCCUUGCUGCUGGACUCGAGCUCCUCCAGCGAGAGGGAGCUGCCGUACCGCUGCCCAGAGAUCGAGAGCCUCAGAGAAGCCACUGGGAUGGUCCUCCUGGAGGAGAAGAAGCCCUUGGGGGGUAGGGGAGCCCAUGAAGCCAACCACAAAGAGUCCGGCAACGAUUCAGAAAGCAACGAAGGCUCUCUUCCGGAACUGGAGGAGCCGGAGGUUUCAGCACCACGGACAGCUCAGACGCAGGCACAACUGACACACUCCUUGGGGACAGGCGAAGAAUCCAUCAGCAAAGCGAAACAGAGCCGGAGCGAGAAGAAAGCACGCAAGGCCAUGUCCAAGCUGGGGCUGCGGCAAAUCCACGGCGUUACCAGGAUCACGAUCCGGAAGUCCAAGAACAUCUUGUUUGUGAUCACCAAGCCGGACGUCUUCAAGAGCCCCGCUUCCGAUAUCUACAUCGUCUUUGGGGAGGCCAAGAUCGAGGACCUCUCACAGCAGGUGCACAAGGCGGCCGCCGAGAAGUUCAAGGUCCCCAUGGAGCACUCGCCUUUGAUCACCGAGACAGCCCCCACCUUGACGAUCAAGGAGGAGAGCGAGGAGGAGGAAGAGGUGGACGAAACAGGUCUGGAGGUGAGAGAUAUCGAGCUGGUCAUGGCCCAAGCAAACGUGUCGCGGCCCAAAGCAGUGCGGGCGCUUCGGCACAACAACAACGAUAUUGUCAACGCCAUCAUGGAGCUGACCAUGUAGCGACCGGCUGGCAGGUACCCAUCCCUCUCCCCGGCCUCUGCCCCCCCCUUCUGUAUAGAUGCACAGUUACUCCUGUCCAAUACAGCUGUUGUUCGUUAGGACUUCCAGUUACUAGUCCCAACUCUUCUGCAUUUGAUGCUGCUGCUCAAUAAAACAGUAUAUUCACUUGAACUGCA